AUGAACGAAAAACCGACACCCGACGCACCACCGGGCGAUGCGCCGCCCGGAACCGACGAGAAGGCUGUCAAGGCGCGACUGCUUGGCGCUAUCACAGGACGCGAUGCUCUUACGUGGUACAAAAGCGGCUUCCGUGAGGUGGUGUUGGGCCAAAAGACACUCCCGCCCUCCAAGAAUGGCCGUCGCAUUCCUCUACGGCUGGAUCAAGAUGCACCCUUGACCGACGAGCGCCGAGGCGGUCACCCCUACGUAUCCAAUGCCAUCCGAACGUCCCGAUACACCGUCUACGACUUCAUCCCAAAGCAGUUGUUUUUCCAGUUUUCUCGAAUCGGCAACUUUUAUUUUCUUUGCGUUGGUGUGCCCCAGACCAUACCUGGACUCUCCACAACUGGCUCGACCACCACUAUUUUACCGUUAUUAUUCUUUGUUUUGGUUACAAUCGCCAAAGAGGGAUAUGACGAUUUCAAGCGGCAUCGGCUCGACAAGGUGGAGAAUGCGGAAACAGCACGCGUCCUCAAGCGCUCGAAGCAUCGCAAUACGGCCACGCAGGAUUGGCUAUCAAAGCUCCGCGGAUUGCUUGUGAAGAGCAAAAAAGGGCGGGAAACAUGUCCAGAUGACGGGCCCUGGACAACCACAAAAUGGUGUGAUAUUGAAGUUGGAGAUCUCAUCAGGUUAUCAAGAGAUGACCCAGUCCCAGCCGACAUUGUGCUGCUCUCCACCGACGGAGAAAAUGGCCUCGCUUACAUUGAAACGAUGGCACUGGACGGCGAGACAAACCUCAAGAGCAAGCAAGUUUCGGCAGCCCUGAAGGAUUAUGAUACGUUUGAAAAGAUAACCAUGUCCAACGCUGAACUCGCUGUCGAAGACCCAAAUCCUGAUUUAUACAAAUUCGAUGGCAAGAUCACUGUAGACGGCAAGUCGCUGCCACUCACGUCCGCCGAAGUCAUUUACCGCGGGAGCAUCUUGAGGAACACUGGAUAUGCAAUCGGCAUCGUCAUCAACACAGGCGAAGAGUGCAAAAUCCGCAUGAACGCCAAUCAGCAUCCCAAGGCGAAAAAGCCAGCCCUUGAAACCGUCGCCAACAAGAUUGUCAUCACCCUCGCUAUUUAUGUCAUCAUCCUCUCUGUUGGCUGCUCCAUGGGAUACAUCAUGUGGCAGAGGUCGCAGGAAAGAAAUUCAUGGUACCUCAAAGAUGCCCAAGUCAAGUUUCACGAGAUCAUCAUUGGUUACAUCAUUCAAUUCAACAACGUCAUACCGCUGGCGCUCUACGUCAGUCUCGAGAUUGUCAAAGUUGGACAGCUGCUCAUGCUCAACUCCGAUGUUGAGAUGUACCAUGCCAAGACAGAUACGCCUGCGCGUUGCAACACGAACACGAUUCUCGAGAACUUAGGCCAAGUGGGCUACAUAUUUACCGACAAGACGGGCACACUUACUGAGAACGUCAUGAAGUUCCGGAAACUAAGCAUUGCGGGCACAGCAUGGCUUCAUCAACCCGAUGUCGACCUUGAGGCCGAGGGCGGCGAGAGCAGCUCUGUUGACACGCUUUCAGAGGUCAAAGGAGGUCCUCGAGUUUCGACUCAGUACAUAAGGGCGGAUGCCGUGGUCGAUGAUUACGUCCAGUCGCCAACAGCUCUUGGAAGGCCAUCUAUGGCCCAGUCUCGUGCACCAUCUACCCGACGAUCCUCCUCCCAGUGGCGCUCCACAGGUCGCCCAGAUCAUGUGCAACCGGAUGUGACUACUAAAGAACUUUUGGAGUUCAUUGCUUUGAGACCUCACUCCCUGUUCGCCAGGAGAGCCAAGGACUACAUUCUGGCCAUGGCUCUUUGUCACACCUGUCUACCGGAAAUUCGCGAUGGCGAGGUGGAGUACCAGUCUUCAUCUCCAGACGAACUGGCGAUCGUUCGAGCAGCGCAGGAGCUGGGAUACAGUGUCAUUUCUCGAACGUCUUCGAAUAUUACAUUGCGACACGCCUCGGAUGCUGGCGACACUGGGAAGGACAUGACGUUCGAGAUAUUGGAUGUCAUUGAGUUCAGCAGCCACCGAAAGAGGAUGUCUAUCGUCGUACGGUACCCUGAUGGACGGAUCUGCAUUAUUUGCAAAGGUGCCGAUUCGGUUAUUCUUCCGAGGUUGAAGUUGGCUAAUCUGGCCUUGCAAAAAGCCCAGAACGUUCGCAAGAGCGCGGACCUGGAACACGAGCUUCUUCGGAAGAGCGAACAACAAGAGCCAACAAUCAGUGUCAGCGGCCGUGCAAGCAUGUCUCUGCGAAGAAGCAUCGGUAUUGCACGUAAUGCUCCAGGACCGAGUACAAGACCUCACGUGGACCGCAGCCAGUCUUUCGAGGCAAGCAGGCUGGGCAAAUCCGGCGAUUUACUUCGACCCUCGAUCAACAUCCGUACUACCUCGUUUGAUGCAUCGCCAGCCUCUCCUAACCUUGCCCACCAUACCCCCGAGAAGUUCGCAUUCCUCGACGACCCCGCCAUUGCCGAUGACUCGACUAUUUUUACUCGCUGUUUCAAACACCUGGACGACUUUGCCACCGAAGGCCUGCGCACGCUACUUUUCGCUCAGAAGUUCAUCUCUGAGCAGGACUACCGCACGUGGAAGCAAUCUUUUGAUGAAGCCGCUACUAGCUUGAUCAACCGACAGGAGAAGAUCGAGGCUGCGGCAGAGACCAUUGAGCAGUCUCUUAGCCUUGUUGGCGCAUCCGCGAUCGAGGACAAACUGCAAGAGGGCGUACCGGAGACCAUCGACAAGCUUCGACGGGCUAACAUCAAGGUUUGGAUGUUGACGGGCGAUAAGCGCGAGACGGCCAUCAACAUUGCCCACUCGACACGCAUCUGCCAGCCCGUCUCUGACCUUUUCACCCUUGAUGUGUCGAAGGGAGAUCUUCAGGGUCAGCUGAUGGCGCUGUCUGAAGACUUGCACUCUGGCUGUGUCCACAGCGUUGUCGUCAUCGAUGGACAGUCUUUGGCUGCCAUUGAGAAGUCACCUGAAUUGACCGCCCAGUUCUACUCGGUUGUGCCCUUCGUUGACUCCGUCAUCUGUUGCCGUGCCUCGCCGGCGCAAAAGGCUCUUAUGGUCAAGACCGUCCGCUCGCAGCUUCGUAAGUCGGGAGGCCGCAUGGGUCAUGGACUGACCCUUGCUAUUGGUGAUGGCGCCAACGACCUGGCAAUGAUUUCCGCCAGCCACGUCGGCGUCGGAAUUUCGGGAAAGGAGGGUCUGCAGGCUGCUCGAGUGGCCGAUUACGCCAUCGCCCAGUUCCGAUACUUGCAGCGUUUGCUCCUGGUGCACGGCCGAUGGAACUACGUCCGGACUGCCAAGUUCAUUCUGUGCACUUUCUGGAAAGAGAUGUUCUUCUACCUGCCCACUGCCAUGUAUCAGCGCUACAACGGUUACACGGGUACUUCGCUGUACGAAUCGGCCAGCUUGACUGUCUUCAACACCCUGUUCACCAGUCUCUGCGUCAUCUGUAUGGGUAUUUGGGAGCAAGAUCUCAGCGCAGAUACCCUACUCGCUGUCCCAGAGCUGUACGUGUAUGGCCAACGAAACAUGGGACUGAAUCUAGUCAAGUACACCGCCUGGAUGUUCUCGGCGGCGUGUCAAGGUGUGUUGGCGUACUGGGGCGUCUGGGCGGGGUAUGUAUGGUUCGCGCAUUCGAGCGACCAGGGUCUCUUUGCCGUUGGUGAUCUCUCAUUUACGUUGGGCGUCGUCUGGAUCAACUACAAGUGCUUGUAA